GUUUAAAUUUCACCGCUUAGGGAACCAGUUGAAAAAGGAUUUCUUCCGGGUGACGGACUUGAGGAAGUCGUACAGGCGUUAGUGUUGUGUAUAUUUGCAUUAUGGCCAGCGUUGCUCCAAAUCUGAGCGCAGUGCGAGAGACGAUGGAUGUUCUUCUUGAAAUAUCCAGACUUUUGAAUUCUGGCUUGGAUAUGGAGUCCUUAUCUAUUUGUGUUCGCCUUUGUGAACAAGGAAUUAACCCUGAGGCACUCUCUUCAGUAAUAAAGGAGCUACGUAAAGCUUCUGACUCCUUAAAGACAUCUGAAAAUAUUGGAAGCUGAUGAAACAGAAGAGGCCUUGUUUGAAAAACACAUAACAGUGUAGCAGAUACCAAGCAGAAGUAUGAAAAUAUUUGGCUGUAUAAUGGAACCUUUGUGACUGUGUCUAAAAGUUAUGACUGUUUUUGUAAAGAAGGAAAAAAAAAACUUGAUAACCUCAAAAGGAACCUUCUUCUCUGAUACUAUCUAGGCAUUUCACUUUAUUAAAAAAGAUAAUAAACCAAUGACAGUGUCAUAAUGCAGCAUUUUCUUCCACUGAAAUAUUUUGUUUAACAUACCAUGACUGGUAAUAUUGCUUUUUUCAUGAUACAUUUAUUUUGGAAAAAUUGAACUAUAGUUUUACUUGUAAUUUCAUUUGCAAAUAAAUUUUGCCAAUUUCCAAUACAUAUAAAUACUGAAAAUAUCUAACACAUUUCCUGUUAUCUACUUUUUAUUUAUUAUGUUUAAUAAAAUAUAUACUGAAAUGUU